GCAUAAAUGGUAGGGAUCGGAAUGGGUCAUUUCCAUUCCAAUUCCAGGCAUCUAUUCCAAGAAACCAAACAGACCCUUGCAUUUUGCACUCGUUAAACUUACAUAUAGCAAUUAGUGUUGCGUCUUCCACCGUCACCCGCGUAGUCUCGUUCCUUUUCCGGUCUUCCUUUUACACUGAAGCUCGACUCUCUCCUCUUCCUCUCAAACCAGUCCGUUCUCUGAAUUGAAGCUCUGAAGAUGACAACGGACCCUAACCCUAACUCUGGUAGAAGCCUAGACGAGGCGUCCUUGAAGGUCCCGUCCAAAGAUCCAAAGAAGAAGAAUAACGAGAAGAACGAGGAGGAUCUUUCGGAUGAGGACUUGGCGUUGAAGCAGCAGUUGGAGCUGUAUGUCGAGAGGAUUCAGGAUUCGGAUCCUGGUGUGCAGAAGCUUGCUCUAGAAAGCAUGAGGCAGGAGAUCCGAACUUCAACAAGCUCUAUGACCUCUGUUCCUAAGCCAUUGAAGUUUCUUAGGUCACACUAUGGAACCCUAAAGGCAUAUUAUGAAACAAUGGGGGAGUCAGAUGUAAAGAAAUACCUUGCUGAUAUUCUUUCAAUUUUGGCCUUGACCAUGUCUGCUGAAGGGGAGAGGGAAAGCCUGAAAUACAGAUUAUUGGGUUCAGAGGGAGAUAUUGGUUCAUGGGGCCAUGAGUAUGUAAGGAAUCUUGCUGGAGAAAUUGCACAGGAGUAUACAAAGCGGCAGCAGAUUGAGGAGGCAACAAUAGAUGACAUAAUGGAGCUUGUGGAACAAAUUGUUACUUUCCAUAUGAAGCAUAAUGCUGAACCUGAAGCUGUAGAUCUUCUAAUGGAGGUUGAAGACCUUGAUCUGUUAGUUGAACAUGUUGAUGCUACAAAUUUCAAAAGGACAUGCUUGUACCUUACUAGUUCGGCUAGUUAUCUCCCUGGACCAGAUGAUAUGUUAGUUCUGGAUAUAGCUUACACAAUUUAUCUCAAGUUUGAAGAGUACCCAAGUGCACUUCGGAUUGCACUCUUCUUGGACAACUUGCAGUACGUGACACAGAUCUUUACAUCUUGCAAUGAUCUUCUUCAAAAGAAGCAGUUCUGUUAUAUUCUUGCUCGACAUGGGGUAGCAUUUUUACUUGAUGAAGAUAUGGUUGCAGAUGACGAUGACAGGGAGGCAUUACAGGAUAUCAUCAAUAACACUAAAUUAAGUGAAGGCUAUCUAACUCUUGCUCGUGAUAUAGAAGUCAUGGAGCCAAAAUCCCCUGAGGAUAUAUACAAAGUGCACUUGCUUGAUGGCCGGGCAAGUGCUAGUGCAAAUGUUGAUUCAGCCAGGCAGAAUUUGGCAGCUACUUUUGUCAAUGCAUUUGUAAAUGCCGGCUUUGGCCAGGAUAAGUUAAUGACUGUUCCUUCAGAAUCUUCAAGUGGUGCUUCUACUGGAAGCUGGUUAUUCAAGAAUAAGGAACAUGGGAAAACUAGUGCUGCUGCAAGUCUGGGUAUGAUUCUGUUAUGGGAUGUUGAUUCUGGACUUGCACAAAUUGACAAAUACUUCCACAGCAAUGACAACCAUGUCAUUGCUGGUGCAUUAUUAGGAGUUGGUAUUGUCAACUGUGGUAUUCAGAAUGACUGCGAUCCUGCGUUGGCACUUCUGGGUGAUUAUAUAGGUAAAGAUGAUUCCAGUGUUCGUAUUGGUGCAAUAAUGGGCCUCGGGCUUGCAUAUGCAGGAACCCAAAAUGAGCAGUUACGAUUUAAAUUAUCUCCAAUUCUUGGAGAUGCAAAAGCUCCACUUGAUGUGAUUGCAUUUACUGCAAUCUCAUUGGGCUUGAUAUAUGUCAGUUCAUGCAAUGAAGAAGUUGCACAGGCCAUUGUCUUUGCCUUGAUGGACCGAAGUGAUUCAGAACUGGGUGAGCCACUCGCUCGUUUUCUGCCUGUAAGCCUUGGCCUUCUAUACCUUGGGAAGCAGGAAAGUGUGGAGGCCACUACUGAAGUUUCCAAGACUUUUAAUGAAAAAAUCAGAAAAUAUUGUGACAUGACCUUGCUAUCUUGUGCCUAUGCUGGAACAGGGAAUGUACUCAAGGUCCAGAAUCUUCUGGGGCACUGUGCACAGCACCUUGAGAAAGGUGAGACUCACCAGGGCCCUGCUGUGCUUGGAAUUGCUAUGGCAGCAAUGGCUGAAGAACUGGGUCUUGAGAUGGCUAUUCGAUCAUUGGAACAUCUAUUACAAUAUGGUGAACAGAACAUCCGCCGGGCAGUUCCUUUGGCUCUUGGUCUUCUGUGUGUUUCCAAUCCUAAGGUCAAUGUUAUGGACACAUUAAGUAGACUCAGCCACGAUACAGAUUCAGAAGUAGCAAUGGCAGCCAUCAUUUCCUUGGGUCUUAUAGGUGCUGGUACCAAUAAUGCUCGAAUAGCAGGCAUGCUUCGUAAUCUUUCAAGCUAUUAUUACAAAGAAGCUAGUCUUCUGUUCUGUGUGCGAAUUGCUCAAGGUCUUGUGCACUUGGGAAAGGGUUUACUAACACUGGCACCUUACCAUUCUGAUCGAUUUUUACUAUCACCGAUGGCACUUGCUGGAUUAGUGGUCUUACUGCAUGCAUGUCUUGACAUGAAAUCUAUCAUCUUGGGGAAAUACCACUAUGUCCUCUACUUCGUUGUUGUGGCCAUACAGCCAAGAAUGUUGUUGACUGUGGAUGAGAAUCUGAAACCUCUGUCUGUCCCUGUUCGGGUGGGCCAAGCUGUUGAUGUGGUUGGCCAGGCCGGACGACCUAAGACCAUAACUGGAUUUCAAACACACUCGACCCCAGUUUUGCUUGCAGCUGGCGAUAGGGCUGAACUAGCUACAGAGAAAUACAUUCCACUUUCACCCAUCCUGGAAGGUUUUGUCAUCUUGAAAGAGAACCCAGAGUACCGUGAUGAUCGCUAGAGCUGUUGUUUCAGAGACCUCGUGAUUACAAUUUAAACAGUCAAAAGUCCAACCUAGUGGAUAUUCUCUCACGUAUGCACAAUUCUAUCAAGACAAUGGCUGUAAUUUCAGUCAAGCGGAUGCUUGAAUGGAGUUACUAUUGAAUUUAGCGACGUGAAGAACUGAGAUCUCCCUGCAGCAACGAUUUUUUUUUUUUUUUAAUUUUUUGAUCGACCACUAUAAGCUUUCAUUAAGAUCAGGAAAAUGUUAUGGUACAAAGAGUAAGUGUACAGGUAAAGACUGAGAGAUAAAAGAGCCUCUCUCUCUCCCCUUGACAACACCCAUUCCUUACAAUUGUGCCCAGAAUAGAUAUUGCCGCCCCACCCCUUGUUUCACUAAUGUAUAUACAAUGGAAUUAGCACUACACAUACACCAACUGAAUGAGAUUUCCAUGUACCUUGUUAACCA